AUGAAUAGACUUCCUCAAGAAAUCAUCGACCACGUCGCCUGGUGGCUGCCGCUCCCUGAAGAAAUCCACUGCCGCAAUGGGAUGCCCUCGUCGCCAAUCCGACCCAGUAUCGCCAGCGUGUCGGAGAGAUUUCGGCACGCCGUCGAGAGGCUCACCUUCCACGAGCUUCACAUCAAGACUUCUGAGCUCAACAAGUUCGACGAGAUAUUGUCAGGUGCCGGCUCUUACCGCCGACGAUUCCUCACACGCCUCAAUGUCGUCGUCGUCCUUCCCGAGUACGGUGACCACAAGGUCCCCACAUACGAGUUCGCUGUCGACAGAUACGCGAACAAUUAUGCUGCGACUAGAGGCAUGCAUCAACUUCUCUACGUCCUCUCCGGCUGGGAGUCGGACCUUCGCCUUGAGUUGACCCUCGAGGCCCAAUCCCCCUCGGACUCAGGAGCUCUCACCAGCAAGCAAUGUUAUCAGCGAUGGAAGGAAAUCGAACAAGGAACACGUCACGGCUUGGGCCACGAAAGAUACGAGUACUCAAUGACUGAGAUUUUUGAUGUCGACAAGAUGCCGUUUGUUCCUUGUGUUCGCACAAUCCAUUUCCACGGACAACGUCAAUGUCGCCAGUUCUCACCAAAAGCUGCUCUCGCACUGGCUACACGAUUCCUACAGGUGCAGACCGUUCGGACGGAGUGGUGUGAGCCAUUUUGGUUCCCGGAUCUGCUGCAGGCGAUGCGGUGCCAGCUGACGGACUCGCUCAACUCAACUCACUUCCCGCCGACUUUGAGUGAAUUGGUGCUCCAACUUUACCCGCCCGUUCGUAUCAGCGGCAAUCUGACCAAAUCACGGAAUCCACAGCCCAAUCGGCUCUGCAGGGUACUACACCAGGCCGUCAAUCAUGUUGCCAACCUCAAGCUUCAUGGCGAAGUUGACCCGUCAUUGUUCUGGCCAUACCAGCCAUCGGAGAAGCCGCAACCAUUUUGGCAGUCAAUGAAGAAACUAGAGAUCACGAUGGAGCAAGACUCGACGUCGACCGAGUGGUAUCAGAGAACCAACUUCAACAAGUGGUCUCAAAAGAUCAUCGCUCGCUACGGCAACGACUACGACAUCGACUUUCCCGUCAACCAUGCUGGGCUUCCCGCUCCUGGACACGGCUCUGUCAGCGAGGCAAAACGCGCGCAUCGUUAUAUCAACACUGUAUUACAGCACGAAAGGACACUCUACGACCUCACAUAUCGUACCCUGGUGGAUGGAGGCUUUAAAGAUGACGAUGAUGACGAUGGCAGCGAUCACGACAACUUCGAGAACAGCAACGAUGCUGACGAGAGCAAAUAUGAACACGAUGACUCCAGAGAGGACGAGAUGCUUGAGUUCUGCGAAGCUAACGAGCCUGCAAUGGCCCGUCUUUUGGAUGCGAUGAUGAAAGCGAUGCUACAGAUGCGUUGCCUCGAGUUUGUGAGACUGGAGGGCUGUCUCGGUGGCAUGUGGUGCUUUGAGUUUUACGCCCCUGGCGUGCCUAGCAAGUACGAUGCAAAGUCUGAGGCAACACCCUCUUAUGCAAGAUUCAUUCUCCCCAAGCGCCACUUCUGGAUUCCAGGCGAAGAAAUUCUGAACGGAUUCCGCAACAUGGCGACGGAGAAGUAUGGUCAACAACCAGCCAUUGUCUGGGUUACACACAUACGGCGUAAUUAG